AUCGAAUAAUAGAACUCAGUUUUUGAUCUGAAUCGAGUCACAGCCAUGAUAAUGCUUCAGUUGCCCCUGAAACAUGUAGCUAAAUCCUCAAGGGUUUUUGGGUCCCAUUCGAUUUUCAUUCUCAGUACACCUUCUCCGUAUUUUCGCCACCACUACCAGCAUCAAUUCUAUCCCGCAGCCACUUCGACCCAAACAUCCGCCAUUGAUGCAGAGGUCGGCAGCAGCUUAAGAGCCAAAUUGGUAUUUUCUUUCAAAGAAUGGUUCAAGCGCGGUGAAAUUGGCUUGCUCGACCGGAUCUUCGAGGUUCUUGGCGCCCAUGAUGAGGACGAUGCCAACUCCCGCCUCGCUGCAGACCUUGCCCUUUCCCAGUUGAAUCUUCGACUUUCAGAGUCUUUUGUCCUUACCGUGCUUAACCACGGGGCUCGUCACCACCAGGUCCUAAGCUGCCUAAAAUUCUUCGACUGGGCAGGCCGACAGCGGCACUUCCACCAUACCAGUGUAACCUUCCACGCCAUUUUCAACAUCCUCGCUAAGGCAAAGCUCACGUCCCUUGUGCUUGACUACCUCGCCGACUACGGCAAGCACAGUUUUUGCUACAACGUCCGUUGCGACAAUGUUUUGGUCAUGGGUUAUGCGGUGGCUGGCAAGCCGGACGUUGCACUCCAGGUGUUCGGUAGAAUGCGGUUUCGAGGUCUGGACUUGGAUGUCAUCUCUUAUCACGUCCUUUUGAAUGCCCUUGUUGAGCAAAGUUGUUUCGAUGCAGUUGAGGUCGUUGCAAAGCAGAUUUGCAAUGGGGGUUUUGAGAAUGAGAUCACACGUUCGAUUAUGGUGAAGAGUUUGUGUAAGCAGAAUCUGCUUGACGAUGCCGAUGCUUAUUUGCGCGAUUUAGUGAGCAGAGGGCGACCGUUUAGUGCCCGCGCACUUGCUAUUCUCGUGGAUGCUCUUUGUAAGAAGAAACAGUACGGAAAAGCAAUGGGGUUGAUGGAGGAGUUUAAGCAGUUGGGUUUGGCUCCUAUGGACGAUGCUUAUGGUGCGUGCCUUAGAAACCUUGUUCAAGCUGGCAAGGUAGAAGGGGCUUUGGAGUUUUUAUGGGACAAGUCCCUUGAAGGGUAUGUCCCCCCAUUGUUCCAGUAUAAUAUUUUGCUCUUUAAGCUUUUGCGGGAGAGCCGUCUUAAAGAGGUGUAUGAUUUGCUGACAGAUAUGAAGGAGAAUGAUAUUUCUCCUGAUAAGGUCACCAUGAACGCCGCAUUGUGUUUAUUUUGCAAAGUUGGAAUGUCAGAUGUUGCACUUGAGUUGUACAAUUCAAGGCACGAGUUUGGGCUCUCCACAAACGGCUUGGCUUAUAACUAUUUGAUCAAUACUUUAUGUGGAGAAGGGAGCAUCAAUGAAGCUUAUCGUGUCUUAAACGAUUCCAUUGACCAAGGAUAUUUCCCCAGUGCGAAGACAUUCUCUAUUAUUGCGGAUGCUCUGUGCAGAGAAGGGAAGAUUGGCAGGAUGAAGGAGCUGGUAUUCAAUUUCCCAGAGCAGAAGUCUCGACGAAGAGAUUUCGUAAUUUACAAAAUCAUAUCAGCACUAUGCAUGGCUCAGAGGGUAGAAGAGGGUUAUCUAAUGCACGGGGACCUCAACGGGCUGACAAAAGUUACUGCAAGAAAUACUUAUGUUCACUUGAUUAAUGGGUUUAUCAACAUAAAUAAGGGAGAUUUUGCUGCUAGACUUCUCAUUGAGAUGCAGGAAAAGGGAUACCAUGCAACUCAGGCUAUGUUCAAGGCAGUUAUUCAGUGUCUGUGUAAUAUGGAGAAUCCCAUAACUCAGUUUUUCAAAUUGCUGGAGAUGCAAUUGUCACAUCAUAAACCUAACCGUUUCACUUAUAACAACUUCAUUGCUGGUGCUGGGCAUGCCAAAAAACCUGAACUAGCGAGAGAAGUAUUUGAGAUAAUGCAUAGGAGUGGAAUUGAGCCCAAUCAUAGCUCUUACAUUCUAAUGUUGCAGAGUUAUCUGAAGAGCGAAAGAAUUUCUGAUGCUUUAAAUUUUUUUAGUGAUGCUUGCCAGCGAGGAAAGGUUUCAGGAAAACUCUGGAACGCUGUGGUUGUUGGCCUCUGCAAAGCCAACAGAAUAGAUGUUGCACUGGACUUUUUUUGGAAAAUGAAGAGUGCUGGAAGCAUUCCAAGCCACGAGUGUUAUGAGGAGGUUGUAAGGCAGUUAUGUUUGAGAGGAUAUUAUGACUUAGUGGUAAAUUUUAUUAAGGAGUUAGAGAAAGAAGGUUGUCCUAUUACCUCUUUUAUUGGAAACACACUCUUGUUUCAUUCUUUGAGGACUCAAGAGCUCUACGAGGCUUGGGUUCUAGCAAGAGAGGUGCAGGAUGAAACAUCUUCAAUCGCAAUGCUUGGAAAGCUCAUUGGUGCAUUUUGUGGUCGCCUUAGAGUGAGUGAACAUAUCAAGAGCUGGGAAGAAUUGAUUGAACAAUGCUUCCCUCUUAACCUUUACACUUACAAUAUGUUGUUGAGAAGAUUAAGCAUGAGCCACAUAGACCAUGCCUGUGAGUUGUUCAACAGGAUAUGCCAAAAAGGAUAUGAGCCCAAUCGAUGGACUUAUGAUAUCUUAAUACAUGGUCUGGUCCGACAUGGAAGGACAGCUGAGGCUAGGAGACGAGAGGAGGAGAUGUUCAUGAGAGGGUUUGAUCCAACUGUGAAAACCAAGAGGAGGAGACGUUCAUGAGGGGGUUUGAUCCAACUGUGAAAACCAAGCACCAACAAGGUGUAAAGAGAACCACUAUGAGGAAGAGUUGCCUCCAGAAAGUCGAUAACUAGUACGGAAUGCCAAAGCUUCAUGAUGAACACUGGGAUCAUUUGAAUGAUUUUCUUCUUGGACUUGUUUGAGGUGAGUGAACUCCAACCAAUAAGAUCAUUUUCAACGGUACCAAUUGACUCCCAAAGAGCUAGAGCAUUUUGCCAGAUUUUGAUAUCCCAGGAGCAAUGGAGGAGAAGAUGAUUUAUAGACUUGAGAUACUUCUGGCAAAGAUUGUAUUAGUAGCUAAGGAAUAAUCUCUUCUCUGAACAGAAGAAAGAAACUUUGGGAUUGGGAGGCACUUUAGCUUUCCAGAUAGUCUCCUCUGCAUAUGGCAGGCAUAUAUUGUAUAGUUUGAGAGAGAGAUGCAAAGGUAACUAGGAGCAUUAGAUAUGGUGGUGGUCCUUGGAAGCUGGUUCUUUGGUAUCUUCAAAUUUCUGAUAAAGAAAAGGAUUAAUCAUUCUUUAAAGCACCUCACACACAAAAAAACUUGUCAUUUCACAGUAGCUGGCAAGUACAAAGCUAGAUCUCAUGAAGCUGAAAUUACAACAUCAAGGACAACGCAGAUAAAAGAAUGCAUGUAUUACAAAAGCCAAAGGGUGGCUAUUGUUGGCUUGCUUAGGACAGGAACAAGCCCUGAAUACAUAAAAUACAAAGCAUGCUUAACAGUCACUGCAGCACAGCAACAGGACGUUCUACAUUUUUGGGGCAGGACAACUUUUGCAUUUCCCAGUCCAGCAGACUAAUGUAUCUCUUCUUCUUCACUUG